AUGGCAAGCGAACAGCCACUAAUACUAAACCCUGCAGAGUGGGAGGUAUCUUGGAUUGAGGGCGAGACUAGAGAAGAUGUGCUCGGCAACCAUGUUCUCUGGAUACUAGCAAGAGUAAUCAAUCUCAUCUUUGGACCGGACGGACGAACAGCAGCUGGUAAAGAACAACGCCAAAACUUCUUGCACGAGAUCGAAAUGUGGCGACAGGGACUCUCCGAUACCUUUGUGGGUAUUGGAUAUGGUGACAAAGACACAGAUGGCUUUCGUAAAGUGUACUUCCCUGUUGCUGCCGCUGCCGCUGCAGCCUUUUCUGCGAAACAUAUUCACGGCAUAUCUAGGAAGGCAAGAAUCUGGAACAUACUGAACGAAGUCGAGCGUCAAACCGGAUACAAUACAGGAACGACUGUAAGGCUCCUUCAGACUCUGGUUGAAGAAGAUGCACAACGCCGCAGCGGAAGCAUGCCAUGA